GUAUCUUUUUGACUAUCGGGUUAACCCGGGUUAACCCAGGUUAACGCUAUGGCCCUCAGCGAAGGCUCCGUUUGCACACGUCAUCAACGCGCGACUCCUGUCUGUGUCCAUCGGGAGGCUGGACGCGUGAAAUGGAGGCGCUUAUUCGGAGAUCGCACGUUUGAUUGAUCAGAUACUCCUUUUACUUUGUCUACCGUAGGUAUAACUUGUAUGUAGUAUUGUAUGUAGUAUGAGGUAUUAUAACGUAGUACAUUAUUACAAAUGUGGCAGCUGCACACGCGUAACUUCCAUGUGUCGUUUAACGUCACAUUUGUAGUUUGAUUCAAAGGAGAAAGAAGCUGGACAUGCCGCGCCACGGGGUCCCGCUGAGAUGGCUGGAUUACUCAGCAGUUGGAAAAAGACUGAACGGGACGCGUUUCAUCGCCUUCAAAGUUCCUCUGAAGCAGUCUCUGAACCAACAGCUUCCGUCUUCUGAUGUUUUUGGCCUGUGGGAGCUGCUAGACACUCUGAAGAGGGAAGAUCAGGAGCUUGGUCUGAUCAUCGACCUGACGUUCACGACGCGCUACUACAGCCUGCAGGACGUCCCAGACUCUUUGCUCGUCAUGAAGAUCUUCACUGCCGGUCACGAGGUUCCCAGCAACAAAACUAUCCUGAGCUUUAAACGAGCCGUCGGCGCGUUUCUACGAGACCACGCAGACAACGACAUGCUGAUUGGAGUCCACUGUACUCACGGUCUGAACCGUACUGGCUACCUGAUCUGCAGGUACCUGAUAGAUGUUGAUGGGAUGGAUCCUAAAGAGGCAGUAGCGUUAUUCAACUCCUCCCGUGGACAUGCUAUGGAAAGACAGAACUAUUUGGACGACCUAUUACGUGGCCCAAAGAGAAGAUCAGUCUCUAACAGCAAUGAGGGGAUGCAGGAGGCGGAGCAAGAGCCAAUGAGAGGUCUCGCUUCACAACGCCGCCUUUCUGCACCGCCCUUAAAAGACCACAGCAGACCUUUCCCUCCAAGAGGAGCAAGCCAGCGGUCACACAAACACCAUCUAAACUUUCCCAGUCCAUCUAUGGGAGCCCCUCCCCCCUCCUAUCAAUGGAGGACCUCUCAUGCUGACAGUCAGUGGAGGAGUCCCCCUUGCUCAGAGGGGAGUAGGUCCAGGUAUGCUCAUCCAGAUCACAGGAGGGCAAGAUAUGGUCCUCCAGGAGACAGCAGGUCCAGGAAUGCUCAUCCAGAUCCGAGGAGGUUAAAAUAUGCUUCGCCACUGGACAGCAGGUCCAGGAAUGCUCUGCAGAGGUCAGCAGGUCUAGAUAUGCUCCUCCAGAGGAUAGCGGUCCUGGAUAUGCUCUUCCAUAGGACUGCGGGUCUAGAUAUGCUCCCUCCAGAGGGCCGCGGGUCUAGAUAUGCUCCUCCAGAGAGCCGCGGGUCUAGAUAUGCUCCUCCAGAGGACAGCGGGUCUAGAUAUGCUCCUCCAGAGGACCGCGGGUCUAGAUAUGCUCCUCCAGAGGACCGCGGGUCUAGAUAUGCUCCUCCAGAGGACCGCGGGUCUAGAUAUGCUCCUCCAGAGGACCGCGGGUCUAGAUAUGCUCCUCCAGAGGACAGCGGGUCUAGAUAUGCUCCUCCAGAGGUCAGCGGUUCUAGAUAUGCUCCUCCAGAGGGCCGCGGGUCUAGAUAUGCUCCUCCAGAGGGCCGCGGGUCUAGAUAUGCUCCUCCAGAGGGCCGCGGGUCUAGAUAUGCUCCUCCAGAGGUCAGCGGGUCUAGAUAUGCUCCUCCAGAGGACAGCGGGUCUAGAUAUGCUCCACCAGAGGAGAACAGACUGAUAGAUCCCACUUGUCUCCCUCGUUACUCAGCCUGCUGGACUAAUGAGUCGGUUGAGACUGACUGGAGUUGGCUAAACCUGAAAGGAGGCGUCCCUCCACACAAACUGUGAGGGGAGAGAAGGGGUUUCUCCUCAGAGGGUGUCAUUCUUCAUGGUUCUCUUGAUGAACGCAACUCACAAGUCCAAAUGUCGGUCCAUAAACAAUAUGAGGGCUUCAUGUGUACUUUGCUGUAGUGAGAGAUGAUACACCAAGAAGGUAUUAAUAGAGUUUUUAAAAGUCAUCUAAAAAGACAUGAAAUAUCAACAUUAGACUUCAUACCUUUUAAUAAGUUUACUGGUUUUGCCACAAUUAUUAUUCCGGUUUUAUUCUCCAUUGAUUAGUUGCUUGUAUAUGUAUAUGGCAUCAAAAUGUGCUUAAUAAAAGACUCAAAUCUUUCGACUUGGA